CGGCCAGCCCCGCCCCGCGCCUCCGGACGUCUUUGCCGGGACAUGGCCGCUACCGGUACCGGGUCCUUAAGCUGAUUGCCGACUGCCAGAGCUAACUGCUGCCGUCAACAGUCCGCGCGGGCCGGUCCCAGGCGUCGGGACGGCGACGAUCCGCCGAGGAAGCGGGGCUCGCCGUAGGACGCCGCCGCGGCGGGCGCAUGGCGUCCAUCUUGCUCAGGAGCUGCCGCGGCCGGGGCCCUGCCCGCCUCGCGCCUCCCCGCGCCGCCUCCCCGCGGGGUAGUCGGAGGGAUCGAGCUUGUCUCAGUUGUACCAGCACUGUGGGGUUGAUAAGCCAUGAGAAAAUUCUAUCUCGCUGCUGUCCUCCAGUCAACCCUGUGUACCUCUGCUUCAAAGGUGAGCCCCGCAGCCGUUGGACUCAGAGGCUUGAGUGCCAGGGCACCAUUGCAAGGGCAACAUGGACACCUGCCUCUGCAAGAUUGGUUGUCACAGGACCUCAGUACCUUCCUGUGCGCAGCUGGCACUCAUCACCUCCCCUAGGAGAGGACUCUGUGAUAGAGAAGUCCCUUAAGUCCUUAAAGGACAAGAAUAAGAAGCUGGAAGAGGGUGGCCCUGUGUACAGCCCGCCAGUUCAAGUGGUAGUAAAGAAGUCCCUUGGGCAGAAGAUACUGGAUGAGCUGAAGCACUACUACCAUGGCUUCCGCCUGCUCUGGAUCGACACCAAGAUUGCUGCCCGCAUGCUGUGGCGCAUCCUCAAUGGCCACACGCUGACCCGCCGGGAGCGCAGGCAGUUUCUCCGGAUUUGUGCAGACCUCUUCCGCCUAGUGCCCUUCUUGGUGUUCGUGAUCGUGCCCUUCAUGGAAUUCCUGCUGCCUGUAGUUGUAAAGCUCUUCCCCAACAUGCUGCCAUCCACAUUUGAAACCCAGUCCAUCAAGGAGGAAAGGCUGAAGAAAGAGCUUCGGGUAAAGCUAGAGCUAGCCAAGUUUCUCCAGGACACCAUAGAGGAAAUGGCCCUGAAGAACAAGGCAGCCAAGGGGAAUGCCACCAAAGACUUCUCUGCAUUUUUCCAGAAGAUCCGGGAGACAGGAGAAAGACCCAGCAAUGAGGAAAUCAUGCGUUUUUCCAAAUUAUUUGAGGAUGAACUGACCCUGGAUAACCUCACGAGGCCUCAGCUGGUGGCACUGUGCAAGCUGUUGGAGCUUCAGUCCAUCGGCACCAACAACUUCCUGCGUUUCCAGCUCACCAUGCGCCUGAGGUCCAUAAAGGCUGAUGACAAAUUGAUUUCUGAGGAAGGAGUGAACAGUCUGAAUGUCAAGGAAUUGCAGGCAGCAUGUCGAGCACGAGGCAUGCGAGCACUUGGCGUCACAGAAGACCGUCUGAAGGACCAACUGAAUCAGUGGCUCGACCUGCACCUCCAUCAUGAGAUCCCCACAUCAUUGCUCAUACUGUCCCGGGCCAUGUACCUCCCAGACACCCUCUCACCUGCUGACCAGCUCAAGUCCACCUUGCAGACCCUUCCAGAAAUUGUGGCAAAGGAGGCUCAAGUGAAAGCGGCAGAGGUGGAGGGCGAGCAGGUAGACAACAAGGCGAAGCUGGAGGCCACACUGCAGGAAGAGGCUGCCAUCCAGCAGGAGCACCUGGAAGAACUGCAGAGGGCUGCCGAGGCGGUGAAGGACACCCAGCCAGAAGUAGUAGAAGCCACCAUUCCUGGGAGGCCAGGGGCCGAGCUUCAGCCAGAGGUGCCUGUUGUGAGUGUGUCCUCAGAGACACUGAAGGAUACAGCACCUGUGCUAGAGGGAUUGAAGGGAGAAGAAAUAACCAAGGAGGAAAUUGACAUCCUCAGUGACGCCUGUUCUAAGCUAAAGGAACAGAAGAAGUCCCUGACCAAGGAGAAGGAGGAGCUGGAGCUGCUCAAAGAGGAUGUCCAGGACUACAGUGAGGACUUACAGGAGAUCAAAAAGGAACUUUCAAAGACCGGUGAUGAAAAAUAUAUAGAAGAAUCCACAGCUAGCAAGAGGCUGACAAAGCGAGUCCAGCAGAUGAUCGGGCAGAUCGAUGGCCUGAUUGCACAGCUAGAGACCAGUCAACAGAAUGGCAAACUGGGCCCCCAGGAGAGUUCUCCAACAGGGGAGAGUGUCAUCAGUGUCAGUGAGCUCAUCACCGCCAUGAAGCAAAUCAAGCACAUUCCAGAACACAAGCUGAUCAGUUUGGCUUCAGCCCUGGAUGAAAAUAAGGACGGCAACAUCAACAUCGAUGACCUUGUUAAGGUGAUCGACUUGGUGGACAAAGAAGAUGUUCAGAUCUCUACCACCCAAGUAGCCGAAAUUGUGGCCACACUAGAGAAGGAGGAAAAGGUGGAAGAGAAGGAAAAGGCCAAGGAAAAGGCUGAGAAAGAGGCCGCAGAAGUGAAGAAUUAGAACUGCCUGGCUUUUGGCCCACAGGGUCUGUCUUCAUCAUGCUACACCAACCACAGUGGGGAUGACACAAGAGUGAUUGCUAUGAGGUGAUUCUUAGUGGCAAAUCUAAUAUUUUCUCUGGAAUAAAUCAGAAACUUCCUUAAUCAAG